AUGUUUGCUGAGCCCUCUAGCAAAAUGUUGUUACCUGAACCUCUGCAAGAGCCAUAUUACCAGCCCCCAUAUACUUUGGUGUUGGAAUUAAAAGAUGUAUUAGUUCACCCAGAAUAUGAUGUAAGUACUGUCAGUAUAACUUCCUUACCCACAAAACAUGAGCUCUCAAGGACUAAACUCGUGCCUACAGUCUCAGUCAAAAUUUUUGGGACACUUUGCUGUCUUCUUGCCCUCCCAAUGUUGGUGUGCAAGAUUUGGUGAGUUUACGGUGAUAACCAACAUUGGAAGGACGAGGAGAUGGGCUAGAAGAGAAAAACAGCAUUUGGUGGAAGUGUCCCAAAUGUUUUUGUCUGAGACUGUGGAUCACUUGUGGGUUUGUCCACAAGAAAUCUAGGUACAAAAUUACUCAGAGAAAGACUUGUUGAAAAGUGUUUGUACUUUUUGGGCUUAAGUGGCAUUUUGAAUUUUUGGUUUUUCUGAGGAAAGAGGAAAACUCUGGCAGCUAGGGAUAAACCUCUCACAGCAAGGGAGAGAACCAACAACAAAUUUAAAAACCUGCUAAUGGCUUUCAUGCCAGGGGUUGGCGUGGCCCACAUUGGGGGGUGGUGAGUGCUCCCACUGCUGUCCCAUCCUUAAUAUAGUCAUCAGUGUCUUCAAGAUGGACACCAUUGGGUAUGGCACUAAGUGUCCAGCAUGGAGAGGUGUCUGCCUUAUGUAGUGUGAGUGAAUUUAAAAAAAGAACCUUAUUUGAUUGUCAAUGUAUUUAGCAUGAAAGGACUAAUUAGGGACACUAUUUUUACGUGAUCAUCUGAGCCACAUGAAGGUUCAGCUACUUGCAGUGAAAAGGGAGUACCUUCAUUUCUCGGUUAUUUUAAGACCCUGAGUGGUGGUCGGGCCCUGGGUAUCAAACCCCGCGACCUUCAACUCUGUAAACACUCUAACUGACUGAGCUAAUCCUGCCACGGCAGAGACAAACUUUAGGUGUCCAUUAUAUUGAUAUUGUUUUAUUUAGAGGUAACUGUUACAGCAAGGAGCCCAAAAGUGUGACCACUUUUGAUUUAUUCACACUCUUUUGUGCAGAUUUUAUCCAAUCAGAAGCCAGCUGGAAACUGUCCUCAACUUUUGAUUGGUUAAUGUCUGCAUGAAAGAAUGUGAGUUCAUUAAAGGAGGUCACACUUUUGGGAUCCUUGCUGUAUGAGAAAGUUAACUGUAGUGGUAUGUUGUCAUCUCUAAAAACUAAUAACAUCAAGCCUUGUGAGGUAAGGAUCACUGUCCCAUAUCUCACUGGGAUGAGAUAUACCUGGUAAUUGGUACAGUCAAACCCUAUUAAUGUUUACACUGGCGGGCCAUAGAAAGUGUUCGUAUUAAGCGGCUUGAAUUUAGAGAAAAUGUAAGGAAAGGCUUGGCCCAGGGACAAAGCAAACUGUCUGUAAUAAGGAGGUGUCCGUAUCAAGUGGGUCUCCAUUAAGGGGGGUUGAACUGUAGAUUUUAACAUGCUAGGAAGAUUUUCUUUCUAUUCUCUUUUCCCACAUAAAAUAAAAUAAUGGUAUUUACUUCUUUCUGACUUCACUGACUUCGCUAAAAUUAGCCUCUCUUUUCGUUUCUCCUUGCCCGGCAGAAUUUUUUUACAAAGCGGAACGAAAAUAGAGGCCUGUCUCAGGUUAACAAUAAGUAGUGUCUUCACCAUUGCUUUUUAGCGUAAAAGUGGCUGGCGCUUCAGAAAGAGACCUGGAGUAGAUGCCUUUCUUAAUCAGCUUGGGCCUCCACUGUUUGAAGUUGUCAUCUAUACACAUGAAGCUGGAUUUGUAAGUGUGUUCCUUAUGUGUAAUAGUUAAAAUUAUUGGAAUCAUAAUUGAUAGUCAUAAUUACAAUAGUAGUCAGAAUUAGAAUUUAAAUCGUAAUCAUGGUCCUAUAAAUGGCUUGUGCAAUUGAAACGUAGGAGUGGUGGGUCGGCGAGCUUAGCGCUAUGCUGAAGCUCGCAGGUUAAAAAAAUUGUCAACGUUCAAUCCUUGUGGUGUUACUCAUCCCAUUUCAAGAAGCUUCGUUCUGGUUUGUAGUACAUGAAUUCUGUCGCCAAUAGAUUCUCAACGUAUUGUUUAAAUCGAGAAUGAUAAAGGCUAUGUUCGCACUGGAUAGCUUGGGUUUGCACCGGCGUGAAAACCAUACCGAUUAUGGAUUCUGUUCACAAAUAAGAAUGGCUAUUUCGGCGCGAUUCUUGUAACGGAGCGAAGCUGCGCCGCGCUGCGCCGCGCUGCGCCGAUCUCUAAAGUGGAGAGUCACAUAUCGGAUGGGUGUUCAGACCGGAUAGCUUUUCGUGUCGGCACGAAAAUCUAUCCUGUAUACUGUUAACAUAGCCUAAGAUUGAAUAUUCAGAAACGUUAUAACCCUUUAACGCUAAGAUCAAAUUUUGAAUUCUCAUUCGCUGCCCCUAUUCAUUUCCUAUAGAAGUAGUGGGGAGAAGCUGAUAAAAUGCCAAGCAAAUUCAUCUUUCGUGAUCAUGUCCGUAAUUCUCAUGACCAAGCAUUGAUAUUACAAUGAGAAGUUUGAUGCUGAUCAUUCUUAGGGCUUAAAGGGUUAAAUAAGCGGUCUCAAUUAAAUUAAUUACUUUUAAAUUUGCUGGCAUUAGUAAGAUUUCUAUUUUUUAAAAUUUCGGCAAAUUUCAUAGAAUUUGUCUUGCGUUGUUGUUGAGUAUUUUUUCAUGUCUUGCACCUUUCUCCUUUUUCAGAGUGCCUCACCAGUUAUUGAUGGCUUAGAUCCUAAUGGAAUGAUCAUGUACCGACUGUUCAGGGAUGCUACACGAUACACUGACGGUGUACACUUGAAGGUCAGGCGCGGGGCAUAGCUUUCUUUUAUAUUAUAAGGGGUGACCAUCCACCCGCCCCGGAGGGAGGUACUCGAUCAAUAUUUCGGUAUAGGUGAGCCGCCGAGAGGCAAAGGCAGGGAUAAGGGAACCACUUCACCAAGAUAGCAAAAGCUUCAGUGUUAUAAACGAAGGAACCGUUCAGGCAUUUGGGUUUCUCAUAAACAGGACUGGCAACUUUGAGGUUACGAAAACAAAGGUUUGUUUAAGAUGAGGUCGGGAACGGCACCAUAAUGCUCGCCUGCUCGACAAUGUCCUCGCGCGAUCGGAAGUCACCGUCCUCACCAAACCGUCCUGUAAGAUCGCUAAUUUCCGUCUACACUUACCCUUUGCUUGUUUAUUCGUUUUCGUUGUUCACACUGCCAUCACUGACAAUUAGCAGCGCGUUGCUUUGGCCAUCGAAACCUCCAUUUUUAUCACCGUUUUCGUUUGGACCUAAGGCCAAUCUGUCCAGAGAAAGAUGAAACUAUACCUGCGUUAGUUUUUAUCCAGUAGUCAGCAACGUAGGGAAAACGUUAUUAAGGGGCCACCCUAGUCGGGGAAGGACAAUUAACCGCCUAACAAAGGCUGGCCGCUCGAUAGAAGUUGUGUUCACAGGGACUAGCUACCGCAUGUCUCACUAAAUAGAGGGUCGAAUUUAACUACAAUUGUGAACUUUCCACCAUGCCACCGCCGUGUCCCGCUGUUGUUCCUGGGAUCGUUACUGCCAUGGAGACGCGCCAGUCAGCUAUUGGCCACUUUUUACCCCUUUCUCUAGUAACAAUCCUACAAGUCUUUUCGAAAGUCAGCUCGGCCGAGUUCCUUCUGAUUUCUAAAGUGGUGAAUAAAAGUUGGACUCUAUGUUCCUAAUAUUUAACAAUUAUUCCUCGAGCCCAAAUGGGCUAUUGACUCAGAGGCCAUGAGGGCGAGAGGAAUAAUUGUUUUAGUAAAAUCCAACUAGUUGGUAAAAAAAUAUCGAGAAUAAAACAAUUUUAGCUAGUUAAAACUAGACUUAAAUCCUUUUUUGAAGCCAAAAAGCCAGCGCUUUUCGCUACUAGUGGGCUAUAACAUAUCCCUAGUAGUAGCUCAACCAAUCAGAACGCAGCAUUGAUAAUAGACCACCAGUUGGAUUUUACUAAACCGUAAUAGUACCUCUUGUUAUAUCAAAACCGUAGUGGUGUUUGUUAAACGACUUUGUAUUCUUAUUCUCCAGGAUUUGUCUGCACUUAACCGUGACCUGUCCAAAGUUAUCAUGAUUGACUGCGAUGAAAAAGCUGCAAGUGAUAACAUACGAAACGCCAUUAUUCUUAAAAAAUGGGAAGGAGAUCCGCAGGACAAAACGCUUUUUGAUCUUGUCCCUUUCCUUCAAAGUAAGUAACUGUUUCUUGGUUCACGUGUGGGGCUGGUGUUGCGAAGCGUGGACAGAGCGAAAGCUAUGGCUCUUGUAAAAUUUAUAGAAACUGUCUCACAUUUCUCCCAGCCCUUCUACUUCGUGGGGUUAUCAAGUUAUCAUUUUCCGAUCGUGAGAGGGCUCAGUCUCCUUCAAUAAAAAUAACUUUGUAAACAUUUCUGUUGAAAAAAAAGUAAAAGGAAGCUUUUCGGGGUGUCUAUUUUUUGAGAAUACGCGAAAAAAAAUUUUGAGUCAAGUCUCUUCCAGUCGUAGUCGUCCUCGUCUUACAAGUUAUCGACUUCAUUCUCAGUUCCCACCACGGAUUCCUAAGAGGCAGAUCCUGUACAACACAGCUUCUCUUGGUACAGCAGGACUGGUCUAAGGCCCUUGAUAAAGGUGGUCAGGUUGAUGUGGUAUUUAUCGAUUUUGCUAAGGCCUUCGACCUUGUAAAUCACUCCGUACUUUUGAAUAAGUUAUACAAAAAUGGAAUUCGUGGUAGCCUUUUGGACUGUUGUAGAGACUAUCUUACUAACCGCCGGCAAAGAGUCGUUGUAAAAUGGGAAGUAUCUGAUUGGCUAACAGUUACCUCUUGUGUGCUGCAAGGCUCCCUGUUGGGUCCUUUAUUUUUUAUAAUUUAUAUUAAUGAUUUACCAGGGGUUAUCAGUGGGGAUAGUUCCUUUGCCUUAUAUGCUGUUGAUAGCAAAUUAUAUAGGGUCAUCAAUUCUCCUGAGGAUAUUACACCCUUUCAGGGUGACCUUGAUAAGAUUUCCGACUUGUGCAAGGAGAGUAAAAUGAAGGUCAAGGUUAAGAAAUGUAAAAUUAUGAGAAUUACUAGAAAAAAGAGUCCUCUGGUUAGGGACUAUCAAAUUAAUUGUCAAAGUUUGGAAAGUGUACUUACAAAUAAGGACCUAUUGUAGGUUUGCUUACUAGCUCUACUGAACAUAUCAUGGAAUUCUCAUACAGAUUCUAUAACUGCUAGGGCUAAUAGGGUUCUUGGUUUGGUGAAAAGAACGUGUAAGGACUUUAGGGAUAUUACUACAUUAAGAACGCUUUACUGCAGUCUUGUUAGACCUUUGCUUGAAUACUCAUGUGAGACCUGGAAUCCUCACACACAACGCAAUAUAAAUAGAUUAGAGGCAAUUCAGAGGAGGGCGACUAAGUUCGUCCUAAAGUGUAAUGAGGAUUAUAACACUAGACUAAGUCUAUUAAAUUAACAAGUUUAUUUAAUAGGAGAUUUGCGACGGAUGUUGUACUUUUAUUUAAUUUGUUUAAUGGCUAUUUUAAUAUAGAUGUCUCCAACAAGCUGUCUUUUUGUAAAGAUCGUAACUUAGAUUAUGACUUAGAAAAAAAUGACUCUCUUGACCUUGUCUGUAUGUACAGUAGUAGAACUAAUGGUUUUAAAUAUAGUUAUUUUAACCGUAUUAUCAAUGAAUGGAAUAGUCUACCUAAUGAUAUAAAAGAAUCUGUUAGUAUUUCUGGUUUUAAGCACAAAGUUAUAUCAUUUCUCGGUAAUAGUUAGUCAUAUACUUUGAGCAGAUUUCGCGUGGAUGCGCAACGCCAGGGCUGGUGCCAACCGGCACGACGCCGUCUCGUUACGAUUCAUGACUACGGUUUCUCAUACUCGUACGAGAUCUGCUCUAGUAUUUUUUCGAUUCCUUUGUUAUAAAUUUUGAAUUUCAGAUAUUAUAGAUUUUUUAAUUCUAGAUUUAGAUACGUUUUGUAUUAUAUACAUUUCCACAUUAUAUUGUAGUUUUCUGGGGAGCAUCCCGCGUAUGGUGCUUAGUGCGCUUUUGGAUGCUUCCCUAUCCUCCUACACUAAUUUUUUCAGUGUAUAUGUUUAUGCUUUUACUUACUAUAUUGGAGAAAACUGUAGUAAAUAAAAGAAUCGAAAGGCCUACAACAACAACAACAACAACAACAACAACAACGACAACAGAUAACUAACGCGCAAGCCACAAGGGAAAAUAAGAGUAUAUUCGUUGACGUGUUAAACGUACCAGGGAUUUGUGAUUCUCUUUUCUGAUGUAAUUGUUUAAUUGCGAAACUAGCAUCAUACAAAACAAGCAAGGAGUAACUUUAAUUUAAGGUAAAACUCAUCGUUGGUAAUAUUAAGUACACAAUCAGGUAGUAUAAAAAAAAUUUAAUUGUUACUUUACUUAAAGCAAUAAUGUUCCUGUCUGUUUUUCCUCUCUUCAGCCAUUGCCACUUCAAACGUUGACGACAUUCGCGCAGUUUUAGACUUUUAUCGAAAAGAGGACGAUAUCUUAGAAGCAUUCAAACGCAACCAGGCAAGAUUACGAGAAGCCGAACAAGAAAGACUAGCACAGCUGAAUCAAAAACAGGGGGGAACUUCAUCGUGGUCAGGGAUGUUUGGCAGAAGUUUUGGCUUUGGCAGAUCAAGCAAUAAACCGUAAGUUUUUCUCUUUCAAUCGUCAUUUUCGUAUAAUAUGUCCGGACAAAUGCAGACAAUUUUUGGGGUCAUGUAGCAGCUGCUCGGAAGAGAAGUCACCAGUAGUGCCUAACCCUGACCCCAAACAAUAGUGAAACAGUUGAAAGAAUGGCAUGUCAUUGUUUUCUGCGACCAAUCAGGAGAGACCUUACGAGCAGCUCCUACACAGCUGAAUUUUUUUAACCUGUUCCACCCGUUUACACGGAAUCGUGCAAUUUCCGUUCCAGAUUGUAGUAUUAGGGAGCUUGAGCAUGCAACGAGAACGACGACAGCAGCAAACACUUCUCUUAAAGUGAAUUUACGUUGUUAUAAAAUUCAUCGCUCUUAUUCCAUGUCGUCAGAAACCCAUAAGGGGUUUCAACCCCUUAUGAGUUUCUGAUGUUGUUCAAUAGACCUUUUUACCAAUACGGCGGCCAUAUUGAAUUAAUUCGAUUUAAGGAGUAUUAUAGGAUGCCCAGGGGGCUUGAGCACAUUUCCUUUGUAUUUUCGAGCGCUUUUCGGGACAUUUUUUCUUAAAGUUUUCUUAGAAUAAGAUUGUAGUGGGAAAAAAGAUCCUUGUGCCGUGUUUGGAUGUAAUAAUGAUCGCCUUUUCCUAGUUUAAUAUUAGAAAUCUGGUCUUUCACUGUAUAUUUCUCGGGAAAAAUGUUAUUGAAAUUUUGUGGAGUUAAAUUCUAAAGGACUUCUCUAAGUUUUAAAAAAAGGACUAAAAAAUCGAUGUCUUGCGUUCACGUUCUCCAGAAAACGUAAAAUAGGCCAUUUUACAGUUGUGGGCUUGGUGUCCUGGCCUUUGAGUGAAAGUGAGGCUAAGGUUGACCUUGUUUUGAUAUAAACCUCCUUCCUUUUCUAAUGGAAAGACUAGUUAGCGUAACAACAACUCGCAGUCGUAUGACCAGCCUGAAAUAGUAAAAAAUACGAUCGUUUUCCAGUCUAUAGAUAACAGUUCUUUUUUUUUUACAUUGUAAAGUGCUUAGGACAGCGAUGUAUAAGCGCUAUAUAAAUUCCAUUAUUAUUAUUAUUAGUUCUUUCAGAAAGCAAAGCUGUUACUUACUUUUUGUCGUCAAUUCAUUUGUUUGAUCAGUCGCUCAGUUUAUCCAGCUUCCACCACUUAACCAAAUAGCUACAAUCCUGGACAUAAUGAGAUGGAAAAGUAAAGCCGCGGGAACUGAUCCCGAAACUCUCCGUUUUUGAUUUGAGGGGAGGUGGGGUAGGGGAGGGUCUGAAUUUUUCCGUCUAUUUUGUCUAAGAUCGUAUAACGUUGCGUGCUGUUAUUUCAAAGGUUAGAGGUUAGAACCGGCUAGAUCAAGCCCGAAUGUUUUCAUGAUUUUAUUAUGUUUUUAAUAAAUCUAUUUAGUUGAUAAGAUCAGUGGAGUUUCAACACUCUCUCGUAGUCACGUUCCUCUCUCACGUUGACCGCGAUCAAUUUAUAUCUUCACGUUAUUCAGUUCAGCCUUCAUGUUUCAAAUUUUCGUGCCAUUGCGUUUCUUUCUAUACUGACGUUAUUUAUAUUGUUAAAAGUUUUCUCGAUCACGUUCUUUCAACGUUUCUUCUCAUUAUUUCUUUGUUUUUGUUUUCAAUAAAAGUCGUUACUAAGCGGCAUUGCAGUAUUCUCGUUGUCGAUCAAUAUAUACUAAUUAUGUCUAAAUACUCAACAGAAUGAAGUUUUAAUAGUCGUUUUAUUGUUAGCACUGUUUAUAUUGGCGCGCACGCUGUUGGCCUCUGGUUUUCCGUUCACACAUUAAUAGUACCUCAACCAUGAAUAUCAUCGUUAACGUCUAAGUGCUUUGGAGAAAUGGCUAUGAUUGUCUUUGUUAAUAUUUCAGUUCCUGCGCCAGUGGCAAUUCGAAUGUCCAAGUUGUACUCUUCAAACGGUAGGCCGGUAAAUAACCGUAGAGUGCCCUCGUUGAAACAUGUCCUUGAGCCACGUGCUUGCAGUGCUGCGUUGUUCUGUUCGUAAGAAUGUGCAGGCUGGCUUUUGUCUCCAAGUCUGAGGAGAUAAUCCCGUUCGUUUGUACGUGACAACUCCUCACCAGAGUAAUUAUACUUCUCUGCUCGAAAGGCGGAUAACUUUUACCCAGGAUUAGGCCAAAUCCUUCUCGUCUAGGAAUUUGCAACCGGAGCUGAUAGUUGUCGCUAAGGCUUUACCCAUGGACCAAGCUGAACUUGUUAGCGACAGCCUAAACCAGUCUAUAAGACAAUAAACCCAUUCGAGGGCUAAUAUUUUUGCCUAACUGACGUUAACUAUGCUUUGCUGAAAUUUAACGUCGAUUCAGAAAGUCCUUUCGUGUGAUAAUUUCAACAAUGAGUAUGUGAACUUUUCUCCGCCGUAACUCAAUUAGUCCAAUCGUUUCCGUGUACGUCUUUCGUUAUUAAAAAAAGGACUAGAUUUGGCCUUUUUUUAAUACUCCUUAAUUAAUUGUGGUCUAUAAAUAAAUAUAACAAAUUGUGAAGCAGAUGCAGAACUAAAAAAGACAUCUAAAGAGGUCAAAAAAGGGUGCUACUACUGAUUGCAAUGCUUAGUGAAUGUCAAUGAAACAUUGUUAUGUAAUGUGCAAGUAAAUCGGUGUGCUUUCCAAAGAAAACCUGGAGCUCCUGAGAAAACACAUAGAAUUACGGUUGAGUUUAGCUCUGUUGUCAGAAAGAGGUCAUGCUUUGUGUUCCCUUCGGGAAAAAUUGCUUAACGUCUUUUUCUUAGACCUGGGGAAGACACUCGAGGGAAAGUUUAUAUAGGGGUGUACCAACGAGGCCUGCAAACCCUCAGUGGCGGAUCCAGCGGAGGGGGCCCCUCUUAUUUUUGGACCAAAAUGAGGUCCGAAGGGCCGAAAAAACUAUUUUUAAGACCCCUCCCUCUUCUUAUCGGAAGGUCUGGGUCCGCCUCUGACCCUGACCCUGUUUAGACAAAAUCUGUUCACUACCCUGUUUGAGACAAGAGACCUUUUUCGUCACCCUGAUUCAUUUCAUUUUGGCUACAGUAGUAAUUGUUGUCUACAACUCAAAUCAUAGAAUUAGAUUCUUAACGAACUUAUAUAGACCGCAUAUGAAGACCGUGCACCGCCAUCUUUCUUGAAGCCUACGAUUUUACACUCAUUUACGUUGGUGCCUUAUGUUAUAUUUCAAGAACCUCGGAAACUCUAGUGAUGACUCAGCCUUUUAGGCUGUUCAGCAUAAAUACAAUAUGAUAUUCUUACUUCUUAGCGUUUUCCGUUCUCUUUAAAAGCGUCGCUAGUCUGUUCAGUUUAAGCAUUUAGCUGGAAAAACUAAAUUAACAAGCAAUUAAUGGAGUAUUAUAGUGAAGAGGUUUCAAUUGGUCUCUGUUAAUAAUGAUAAUUAUGAAGUACUUUUGAAAGGCUACUCAGUGGUAUUAGUGGAAUUUAGUGACUAAAGAUUGACGAACUUUUGCCUCGCCUUUCUACGUGCGAAUUCCCUUGUCAUUAAUUUUAAAUUAAAUCGAUUCUCCACCAAACUCCUUUUCACACGCAAUCAAGGAUAAACUAAUUACAGAAUCGGUAUUAAACGUCUGUUUGAUUUAAUGAUUGAUUUAAUUUCUUUAAUUUCUUGCUGACACAUUAUGUCGGAAAUAAAGUUUUUUGUCUGAUGGAAAGGAAUGUUCGUGUGUCGGCGAAAUGAACAACCAAGAAGCAAAUAUUGAUGCGUGAGAUACUUUCAGUUUUUAAGGUUAUUUCGAAGCCAUGAAUAGUCAUUCAUUAGUACAAGUAGAAGGGAGAUGAUUUCCCCCCCGUUCAAUUCCACAAGACCAAAAAAUGCUGUCUUCUUUAAUUAUUUUUUUUGACCUUUUAAGCUCUUUGUGCGUCGCGUAAACGAAGUGAACCCCGUUGUUUUCAAGGGGGAGCAAAGACCUGCUAUCUUACUGGCUUGCUGGUCUUCAUUCUUUGCGAAACCAACGAAGCUGACGGGUGAAAACAUAUGGGUCUAACCCUAAAACCCUAAUAUCAAAGCUCAAAUUCGCAUUUUUGUCUCUUACGUAUUCAACAAAAGUAGUGGCGAGAAUUUGUUGGAGUAUCAAUAAGUUUCAUUUUGUGGUGUGAUCAUGUCUGUAAUUCUCGUGACCACUCUGGUUUCUACAGCAUUGAUUUUAUGAGGAGAAAUUCCACGCUGAUCACUAGUAGGGCUUAAAGGGUUUAAGAGAGGAAGCACAUCACUUUUUCCUUCGGUUUCUCCUUAGUUCUUAACUGUUUAAGCUUGGAUAUAUUACAGUGAAACCUGGAUAUAACGAGCCUCUAUAUAACAAAAUCCCCGGUAUCAGUAAUGAACGAUUUUCUUUACCCCUGUAAUAGUAAAAUAUAUGAAAAAGAACCUCGAUAUAACGAAACCUCUUUAUAGCGAACAGAUUUGCCAGUCCCUUGAGCCUUCGGUAUAUCGAGGUUCCACUGUACCCUACUGAAAAUCAAUAAAACGUUUACUGAAAGUGAAGAGGAUGUGAACUGCGGCAAUGCAAAUUUAAAUGAAGAUAUGAUUGUCGCUUUGGUAAUUGCAUUUUUAGCAUUACAAAUUAACUCGAGAAAAAUGUUUCGGAACUUCAACGGGAUUCGAACCCAUGGCCUCUGCGUUAGCGAUGCAGUGCCCUACCUACUGUGCCAAAACUACCAAUUUCUUGCAAUUGCUUAAAUUGCAGUUACCACUGCGACGAUCGUAUUUUCAUUUUAAACUGUUACUGCUGAAAAGUGCUCUACGAAUGACUCCUUAUUCUUACAUUUCUUUCUUUUUACAGGUAAAUCCAGACAUUACGUGAGCUAGCCGUUUUUGCAAGUCUACCUUGCAAGUACGUAAAACACGCCGCGCAUAUGUUCGUCGAUUAAACUACUUGCUGUUCUUUGCGGAGCAAAAGAAAUGGAUUGAGAAGAUCAUGUUGACACUGCAUAGCGAUCAGGGACUGUGAACUAUUCUAAAGUAUCAGUAAACAAUGAAGAUGUCACCUUGAAUUCUUAAGUGACAUAUAGUAGCUGUGAUACAAGGUUUACGCAGGGUAUAGAGCUAGAACCUAUAGGCUCCUGGUUGUACAAUAGAAUCUUGGCUUUCAAAAAAUUGGUUCUCGAACCUUCCAUUGUUCGAACAACAACCGAUUUCUUUUCUCCGGUCAAACACUGUAAUUUUAUAACCCUUGAUCUCGAACCUCUUAACCAUUCAAGCCUUAUUUCCAUUUUCCCAGGAGGUUCGAAAUAUCGCGGGAUUUUUAACACUGUUGUAGGGCAUUAUUAGAUGUAAUGUUAGAAAGAAGAAUCACAACGCGACGCGUAGCACUAAUUGACCUGAAAUUCAGGUCAAACGAAACUUAAAGCCUCCAGAGGAAUACAGCUGGAGCUACGUCCUAAGCCGCGGGACGGAUGAGCUACGAGGUUGUUCUAACUAAAAGCUGUUGGUUAUUACUGAACUUCUGUUAGGCUGUGCCGGUUACUAACUUUAAGGUAUGCGUGAGAAAGAGGCACAUUUUAGGGUGGUUCAGAGUAACCCGUUUUGAGCCUCUGAAUAAAGUGGCUAAGAGGACACUAACGAUGAAGUUCAGUAAAGGUCCUGUGUUUAAAAGGGAUAUUUCUUUUUAAGGUAAACUUUUGUGCUUAAAUAAGUCAUUUCUUAGUACGUUCACCCAUACACAAAAUUCUCCUGUAGGGCUGUGAAGAAUAUAUCAAACAAAUUUCACCACGAAGCACUAACCAUAAUAAAUUCUGUGAUGAUUUUUCCGGGCAUAGCAUUUAAAAUUGAAAAAGUUGGCCCAACUUUUUCAAGUUUCAAUCCACGUUCAUCCUUGCCAUCCGUGGC